AUGAAUGAUCAACAAAGUCAUCCACAAUCCUACUGGAGAUGGAGCAAAGAAGAUUUCUUCCCGGAGGAAUCUUUCCGGGACUGGAGCACCUACAGAUACGCCUUGUCCCACACCUAUUCCAGGUUCAAAGAUCGUCUCCUCAGCCGCUCUGAAGAUUCCGACGAGAUUGAGAAGCUAAAAAAGCAGAGUGAGAACGAAAUGAAGCGCUGCCUCAACUGGUGGGAUUUGAUGUGGUUCGGUUUUGGUGCAGUCAUCGGUGCCGGAAUCUUUGUUCUCACCGGACAGGAAGCCCAUGACAACGCUGGAUCAGCUAUUGUCUUAUCUUACUUAGCUUCUGGACUCUCGGCUAUGCUUUCUGUCUUCUGCUAUACAGAGUUCGCUAUAGAGAUUCCGGUGGCCGGUGGUUCGUUUGCAUACCUCAGAGUAGAACUAGGAGACUUCGCGGCGUUCAUCACCGCCGGAAACAUCCUUCUUGAAUGCAUUCUGGGUGGUGCAGCGGUUGCUCGAUCAUGGACGUCGUACUUCACCAGUCUUCUCAACCGUGAAUCAAACUCUUUACGAAUACAUACAAAUCUCGCAGAAGGAUACAACCUCUUGGAUCCAAUAGCAGUUUGCGUGCUAACAAUCGCUGCCAUCAUUGCAGUGAGUAGCACAAGAAACACUUCGAGACUUAACUGGAUUGCAUCGGCAAUCAACACCAUCGUCAUCCUCUUCGUCAUCAUCGCAGGGUUUAUGCAUGCGGACACUUCAAACAUGAAACCUUUUGCACCUCAUGGCGCCGAAGGUGUCUUUAGAGCUGCAGCUAUUGUAUACUUCGCUUACGGAGGAUUUGAUACAAUCGCAACCAUGGCGGAAGAAACAAAGAACCCAUCAAGGGACAUACCUCUGGGAUUACUCGGUUCUAUGUCGAUCAUCACUAUAAUUUAUUGCCUUAUGGCGCUUUCGUUAUCCAUGAUGCAGAAAUAUACGGAUAUUGAUCCUAACGCUGCCUACUCGGUUGCAUUUGAAAAAGUUGGCAUGAAGUGGGCUAAGUAUUUGGUGGCUCUAGGUGCGCUCAAGGGUAUGACCACGGUUCUAUUGGUUGGUGCACUUGGUCAAGCUCGUUAUAUAACUCAUAUUGCACGAGCCCACAUGAUCCCACCAUGUUUAGAUGUAUUGGCAAGUUUACUAUCCAUAAGCACACUCUUUGUUUUCAUGAUGAUGGCGGUUGCAAUUAUCGUGAGGAGGUACUAUGUAAAAGGGGUGACACCACGUUCGAGUUUAUUGAAAUUAGUAGGGUUUUUGGUGAUCAUAAUUGGAUCUUCCAUAGGGACUUCGGCUUGUUGGGGGUUGGACCCUAGUGGUUGGGUGGGUUACACCGUUACUGUCCCUUUAUGGUUCUUGGGGACGCUAGGGAUCUCGUUGAUGUUGACACAGCAACGGAUCCCAAAAGUUUGGGGAGUGCCUUUGGUUCCUUGGAUCCCUGCACUUUCGAUUGCAACAAAUUUGUUUUUGAUGGGAUCACUGGAGUAUAUGGCGUUUAUAAGGAGCCAAAUGUUAUGGAUGAAGACAGUGUUGGAAAACCCUAGCCAUGGAUCCGACACAACAUACCAAUAG